AUGGGUUCAACAUCUCGCACCACCGACCAGGCUGCAGCUCAGAUCUUGACGGAACUUGCAAGCCGUGCUAUCGAUGGAGGCGUGCAUCACCCGGAGGUCAAGAGGGCUGCUGGUAGGACUGGCAAGGCAUCUCGUAGAGCCCUUUCUGCUGCAACCGACCAGCGUGUCACGGCACGUACGCAUGUACCUCGUGCCACCAAACAGGAUGCAGCCACCGAAUGUGAAGAUACAGUCAUCGAACUGGGCACUUCUGACACCAAUGAAUCGUCAGAUGGUGACGUGUAUUACCCAAUAUACGGUAAGUAUUACAGCAGCAAGCAGGUGACGGUAACAGCGGACUAUGCAACUACGAAAACGACCUGGAGGGUGGCCCGUAUCAACGACCGCCGCAAUUCUUCUCGUGGCCCAGAGUACCGUGUGCUUUAUCUCAGCCGUCUGCUCAUCAACCGCCGCUACUAUCAACGCACUUGGGAGCCUCUUCAGCAGCUUUUGGACGAUGGCUUCGCCAACGAGGUGGACCUCGUGGAUCGCUGGAAGGAGUCCGGCGAGGAGAAGUUCAAGGACUUCUGA